AUGGCGGCACAGCAGCGACACUGGGGCCAUCUCCCUGCUUCGCACGGUUCGCAGGGGCCGAGGGACGACGAGUACGACGAGUGCACGCACACGUACCCGACGCAUGAGCACCGCCGCUCGCUUGAUGCCCAACCUCCGCGCUGGUCCAGGUCGAAUCGUGCUUCAGUCAACACCGAUGCGCUUACAGAGUCCACCUUCAGCCCCCACUCGCCCACGGCUUCGAGCUUUGUUGGAGCGGCCCAAGGCCUGGCUCCUAGACCGCCUUCUUAUCAGCGCCAAGAUUUCGUAGCUAACGGUGCCCUGGGUGUCGGCGUGGGCAUGGUUGCGGGUGCUGACACUGUUGGCAACGACGUAAAUAUUACUGUUGCUGAUGCUACUAUUCCACAAGAACCUGUCUUGCACAUGUCUGAAGAAACGUUCUGCAGACCCCAUCGACAGUCUUCAGAACAAUACCGAGAGCCAUCCUUCGAAUCAGCUCCUCGGUCACCUCAGCCUUCUCUCACUGCGCCCGAGUAUCCUCGACGCCCGCCUGUAAGCCAUCAUCAGCCGUAUGCGACUUCAGAACCCUCUUACAUCAGGUUCAAAUCCAACCCGGACCAAGUCUUGCCGACCUCUUUACAACCGCAGCCUUUGUCAUCAGGCUGGUUUGCUCGUGUGGACGACGGCAUGGAGCCCGAAGGUCACUACACGACUCGCGGCGAAGAACAUCCAGACGACCCAAGGUAUCAUAUACACGAUGUGACUGGCGGCAGAAGCGUCGUUGCGCCAUCCAUGGCGCCUCGAGAUGUUGCUGCGGGAGGAUCUCGAAGACCGUCCGUCACUGUGCCGUCGGAGCGCCGCAAGAAGUUUGCAAACGACCAUUCGCCCCUCCAACGGCUUGAGCUGACGCUCGAUAGCAUGACCAAGGAGGAAAAGAGAGCCAGAGUCCAAGCCGCGGAGCAGCGAGCUAGGGAACGUGCCGCAAAACGAGCUGCUGAUGCCUCCACAGCCCAAUCGACUGAAUCACACGCUCGCCGAAUACCCAUUGACACGCCGAGCGAUUCUCCAGAAGCCACUGCACCAAAUGUCACAGCAAGCAAGCUUCAAAUGGACCCCGCGGAAACUGGAGCUCGAGGGCAACCAUACCCGCAACAUCAGCUUCUAGUUGCCAGGGGCCAUCGUAGCGAAACUGGAGAUCUGAAUCGUGCCGUUGGUCCGCCACCACCAACCCACGUGCCCAAGCAACAGGAAGAUGGAGAGCCAAGGGCUGGGCUAUCAAGACAAAAUCUGAGCUUCAGUGAGCGCGCUUCGCGGAAUGAGAAAGAUCACACGGCUGAGCAAACAAGUCCGGUCAGACAAACAACGGCUUUCUUCAGCGGUGGCGUGAGCAGUGGAAUGAAUGUUACAAGGAAUGGAAGUAACAGGUUACGCAAAGACCCUCCCGCGGAUCAAUGGACCUCAUUCAGGCCAAAGCAUCUUCAAGGACUACAACGUCGAGCAACUGAACCCAUCUAUGGAGAGGAGUGUAGACCUGACGAAGCGUAUGUUCUCCAUGCGGGCCGCGGGAACGCCAAUAUCAGUACUAUGCAAAACCUCGGUCCCGAGUAUCAAGAUCCAGACGUCGCCGGAAAGCGCCCUGAACGGCAAGACAAGGACCAUUCUGUCGAGAGCCUCCCCGAACGUCGAGUUUCGAACAUGGUUUUCAAGGACCCGGAAAACUUGCGUCCCGGCGAAGGGCUGUAUCAGCCGCCAGUGUGGCUGAAUGAGUAUCAAAAUGCAACUGUUGGGUUUCUCGGUGGGACCUUACUGGACCUCGCAGAAGUUCACGAAGCCCUCGGCGACAAGAAUAAGGCUUGGUGGGAGAACACUGGUGGCCGCAAAAAUAAUGCCUACUCAUCCAGGCCACGGAAAGCCGAAGCGUUCGACGGCGAGUAUGAUGAUACAAACGCCCCAACUCGGUUCAAGCCACCCUUGUAUCUUAAAUGCGGACCCCUUUUGAGAUAUUGCGGAAUUCGUCAGGAGAAGGUACCCCCGCGAUCUCAGAACAGUGCUGUGUCAGACCGCGAGAUCUGGAGAGGGAGCGUCAUGAUCGUGACACAAGAUUCAGAGUCGUCCUACGACAUUGCACCUAUGCUUCGCCUGUUUGUACAGGAGAUUCAACUUCUACCCCCUCCGCCACUCCAAGUGAAUGGAGACUUACCACCUGAAUACGUGGAUCCGAUUGCGGGACACCCCAAGCUCGGUCGUAGAGGAGAAACUCUCUACGUACGCCCGGUGGAGCAUCUUGAAGAAGCCAGAGACCUGUCUUAUAUGGAAACAGAUGAAGGCCUGUACGAAAAGACACGCAGUCCGCCCGAUAUGCCCCCUCCAAAUUGCGCAAUUGAAUUACCUCAAUCCUUCGCUGGUCGCCAAAAGCGCAUUCAGAAUGAUGGCGAAAAGCUUCAAAAGUACAAGGAUGUGAGAGGAUUUCGUCUUCACGCAGAGCGAGGCUGCACCUUUUGGAGGUUUAACAUCGAAGUUGAACUGCGAGAGAAACAGCAACGCAUCGCCUAUCGUAUCAACCGUGGCCCUUGUAUGGCGUUCUGGGUGCCGUCUCGGGGACAAGCUAUGAAUAUCAUGUUCCAUAGCUGCAACGGAUUUAGUGCCAGUGUCAACCCUGACGACCUUAGCGGCCCUGAUCCUAUGUGGCGUGAUGUUCUGAACACGCACCAGUCGCAGCCAUUCCAUGUCAUGAUUGGAGGCGGAGACCAAAUUUACAAUGACUCUAUUGCUCAUGAAUGCAGCCUGUUGCGUGAGUGGCUUGAGAUCCGGCAUCCGCAGCAGAAACACGGGGCUGCAUUCACUGCGAGCAUGCAGGAUGAAAUGGAAGAAUUCUAUCUACAGCGCUAUUGCGUGUGGUUCUCUCAGGGUCUUUUCGGCCUGGCAGCAUCACAGAUUCCCAUGGUCAACAUGUAUGAUGACCACGACAUCUUCGACGGAUAUGGUUCUUAUCCUGACAAUUACAUGAGAUCACCGGUAUUUGCCGGCCUGGGAGCGGUUGCUUUCAAGUACUACAUGCUCUUCCAGCACCAAAGCGUUCUGACUGAGACAGAAAACACAGAACCCAGCUGGAUUCUUGGUCAAGAACCUGGACCGUACAUCAAGGAGCUGAGUCGUAGUGUUUAUGUUUCCAUGGGAGGCAAAGCUGCCCUGCUUGCAGUAGACUGCCGCACCGAGAGAACAGAGUAUGAUGUGGUUAAUAGUCAGACAUGGGAGAAGAUCAUUAACAGAAUGUAUGCCGAGGUACGACGUGGCCACGUCGAGCAUUUACUAGUGUUGUUGGGCGUCCCAAUCGCAUAUCCCAGGAUGGUCUGGUUGGAAAAUAUUUUAACCUCCAGGUUGAUGGAUCCCGUGAAGGCUCUUGGUCGAACUGGCAUGUUUGGCAAAGUCCUCAAUAAUAUCGAUGGUGGUGUGGAGGUCUUGGACGACUUGAAUAACCACUGGACUGCCAAGAACCAUAAACACGAGAGAAGCAUAAUUAUGGAGGAUCUGCAGGAUCUAGCGAUUGAUAAAUCAUUGCGAAUCACGAUUCUAAGUGGUGAUGUUCACUUGGCUGCGGUUGGUCAGUUCUACUCGAACUCGAAGCUCGGCUUGCCAAAGCACAAGGACCCAAGGUACAUGAUCAACGUUGUAUCGUCAGCUAUUGCAAAUGCUCCGCCCUCGGAUUUGCUGGCAGAUUUACUCAACAAGCGAAACAAGGUUCAUCAUUUCGACAGGCAAACGGAGGAAGGCAUGGCCCCUCUAUUCCACCAUGGUGUAGAUGGGAAACCUCGAAACAACAAGCACCUUCUGCCACACAGAAACUGGUGUUCUAUUCGUCCCUGGUCGCCUGGCAGAACGCCGCCCCCGACGCCACCAUUGUCGUCCUAUGAUAGGAGCCCAAGCCCACCGAAUAGCAACGGCGGCGGAGGCCUGUUUCGCCGACUCUCUUUGGGGAGCAGAACUCGAUCGGUGUCAAAUCGAUUGGACGGAUCGCGUACUUCAGUUCGGGGUGACAGACCCCCUGUCUCUGGAGGCGUGAGUGGUUUAUUCCGCAGUUUGUCGCGGAGAAACUCGACUGAUGGUCCUCGGCCGAUAAAGCUCACCCGCACCAUGUCGCUUGGAAGCGGCGAGAGCAAGAAGAAGGGGCUCUUCAGCCACGGUCGACGUGGGAGCAAAAGGCGGCCUGAUGAUGGGGGCAUCAACGGACAAUGGGGUGGUGAAAGCGAGGACGGGGACGGCUACUUCGUCGACAGCCACCCUUCUCAUGCUGUCCAACCAUCAGGGCUGCGCGGCGGUGGUACAUAUGAACACUCGGAGUUCUCAGAUGAGGAUGAGCUGCAUUUUACAGCUGAACUUCCGCAGCAUUCCCGGACUGUCGGGGGCCAGCCGGCAGAGACGACCAGGCGCGAUGACGGGUCGGAUGCUAUGAUGCGGCCAUUCCAUCGCACGCCAACGGGGCUGUCGGUGAAGCAGAUGCGCAAAGCCGAGAAGUUCAUCGUUGACCUUGAGGGCGGCCUCGACAUAUGUCUGAAUGUGGAGGUUAAUCCCAAGGACCCAACGGGUAUUACCGUACCGUACCGACUGUUGGUGCCUCGAUUGCAGUAUGAGUAUAACCCAGCAGAUGAUGAGCUGCAACAGCCUACCGAGGAGCUACGGCAGCCGACGGGCUUGAAGAGGUUUUUGAGCCUUCGUAAGAGGCCCGAGAGGCCCAAGCUGCAACAACAAGACGAGGAAGACGGCGGGGGAAGCGAAGGCAAGGACAAUGAUGAUGAUGUGAGCGAUGAAAGCUCCGACGUCCCGCCAAGGCGGUAA